AUGGCUACCGGUAUGCGGAGCGAUGAGGGCCUUAUCGCACAGAGCUCGUUUCAGAAUGACGGUCCGGUCUCGAGGACUCCGGGCUCUGGGCUGGAUCAGCGAUUGGAAUACGAUGAUUCAGAGAAUGUUGCGAGUCAGGAGGAUGUUCCGCCUGAUGGGGGGUAUGGAUGGGUGUGUACUCUGUGUGUUUUUCUGAUCAAUGCGCAUACUUGGGGUGUUAAUAGUGCAUGGGCUGUCUUCCUCGCACACUAUCUCUCCAAUUCGACAUUCCCCGAAGCCACGGAACUACAAUACGCCUUGAUCGGCGGCCUAUCUAUAUCUCAGGCCCUCCUGGUCUCCCCCAUCGUCUCACUAUCCAACCGGAAACUAGAAACCAGGCCUACGCUUCUCAUCGGAUCAAUUCUCGUGUUCGCUUCACUACUCGGGGCAUCCUUUUCAACUAAAAUAUGGCACCUAUUCCUAAGCCAGGGACUAUGUUUCGGAUAUGGGAUGGGAUUCUUGUACAUCACAGCUACAUCCAUCCUCCCAAAGUGGUUCUCCAGAAGACGCAGCCUCGUCCUUGGCAUGGCCACAUCCGGCGCCGGCAUAGGCGGGUUAGCGUAUAACCUAGGCGCCGGCGCAGGCGUUGAAAGCGUGGGUUUACCAUGGACAUACCGAAUCCUAGCAUUCUGCUCCCUCGCAAUGAACCUACUCUGUUCCGCCCUCCUCAAAGACCGCAAAAGCCCAACCCCAGCCCGGUCAGAAGGCAAAGCCUUCGACUUCCGCGAAUACGCCCGCAUCCAAGUCAUCCUAGUCGUCUCCUGGGGCUUCCUCACAGAACUCGGCUACAUCACGCUCCUCUACUCGCUUCCCAACUACGCCAUCUCCAUCGGCCUCUCUGCCCGCCAGGGCUCCAUCAUCGGCGCAAUGCUGAACCUCGGUCUCGGCGUCGGCAGACCCCUGGUUGGCUACUAUUCCGACGUGCUCGGCCGUAUAAACAUGGCCUCAGUAAUGACUUGCAUCUGCGGCAUCCUCUGCCUGGCCCUCUGGGUCCCAGCAAAAACCUUCCCGGUGCUCAUCGUCUUCGCGCUUCUCAGUGGCUCCGUCACGGGGACGUUCUGGUCGUGCUUUGCGCCUGUUACCGCGGAGAUUGUGGGAAUGCAGAGGAUGCCAGCGACGCUGGGGAUGAUUUGUUUCUCGUUGGUGUUGCCGACGACGUUUGCGGAGCCGAUUGCGUUGCAGAUUGUGGGGAGUUUUGGGUACUUGAGUUCGCAGGUUUUCGUAGGGUGUAUGUUUCUGGGGGGUGCGGUUUGUACGUUUGCGUUGAGGGCGUGGAAGAUUUAUGAGAUUGAGAUGAAGGCUAGGAGUGAGAUGGAGUUGGAGCUGGUGGAGGGGGCGGAUUUUUGGCUUACACCUAGGAGGUUGUUUACGACGAGGAGGGUCUGA